UGGUGUGUGCCCUCACCAUAAUUACAUAAUGGUCAGUUAAAACGGGCUACAAUUACAUUCACCAUGUUUAGACUCAUCCUUUAUUCAUAAUUGACCAGUGGAGCAUACUUUCUGUCCUCUUCACAGAUUUAUGGUAAUUAAUGAAGAGAUCCUUUUCAAAUCAGAAGAUAUUUAAUUAGAGGCAUAAUGUCUUUAAAAGGCCUAAAUGAAGGAACACUGCUGUUAUUUUAAUAGCAUUUUAGCUUGUUUUAAUGUUAGUUUCUUUAAUGUCUUAUAGAGACUACUGCAAGCAGGUCAGAGGUUGGCGACGUUUGAACUCGGUGAAGAAUGUUCUGCUUUGGAAUGUUUUUAAGGCGGUCCUGGUUUUAAGGGCUGCCUUAAGGCGUGAAACACUGAAAAAACUUUUUUAAAUCUUACUUCUGAUUUAUCAGUCAUUCUGUUUUUCAUGCAGGCUGAACAUGAAAAAAGUCCCCUACACCUAUCUCCUGCAUUAGCUUCUGAGAGAAAAUGCACGCUAACAGGAUUUGAAAAGCUCGACAGAUCUAUGUCACAUUGUCGCUGAGCAUUCAUGGACUCACCCAUCUUGAUUUAUGACGGGGAAGGCUGUUGUUAUUUUUAGGGUCAAGGAAACAGCAGAAAAUGACCCGACUAGCAGAAGCCAACUGUUAGCAUUUGCAACUUCAGCACACAGCAGAAGUUCCUCCAGGCUUGAGUUGUUUGUGGAGAUAAAACAUCCACGUUGCAAGUCAGUGGUAGAGAUGUCACUGUAAUCUAAUCCGAGGUGAGACUUCAAAACCGUUGUCUGAGGCUCCGCUGUGAUGUGGGUCACUGCUAGUUCCAAGAAAUGAUGCACCAGUGACUUUUGCCCCCGGAGAACGACUUACAAGGCAUUUAUUCCUAAAUGAAUUGAUUAAACAAGUGUUCAACACCUUUAAACACAAACACACACCCCACUAUUCUUCCAACUCUUACCUCUUUCAAACGGGUUUGUUUGAAGCAAACAUGGCCGACCAGAUCUGAUCUAAACAAGCUGAAUUGGUCUUGUUUAUAUAUCAAAAGAAUAUCUUUUCAUCUCCAUAAAUAUUCAUGUUCCUCCCUUGGGAUUUUUAGGACAUCUCAAAGUUGUCCUAAGGAGACCAAGCACCUGCAAAAGAGGAUUUUAUGCAGCACCUUCCAUGUUUUAGCAGUGACAGAAACAUUAACCUUGAUAAGAUCAGACACAAAAGCAGCUCACAUCCUUUUUGAGAGCAAGUUUAUGCUAAUAGAUCUCUGAGAUGCUUCAUCUUCGUCGUAGUUUUGGUCUUUUCUGUCUUUAUUUUCCUGUUUAAAUUAUUGGUUUAUGGUCAUUAAGGAGUUCCAGUCACUUUAUACAGAUCCUUCAAGCCUAAUGAUGAUUACAAGUGUCCCUGAGAGGACAAUGUGUUCCAGUUAUUGGUUUUUAAAAACUUUUUUUUUGUUGCAUUGCAUGUAUUCGUUGAUGGUAUAUUUCUAUAAAUAUUUAUUUUUUAUUAUUAAUUAAUAGAAACCAUCUAUUUUCUACAUUUACUGCACAAGCAUUAUGUUCUUAAGAAAAUGUCUCUAUAGGGCUAACGUAGGCACAUUUUGAGGCAUCAAAAGGGUUAGAAGAGAGAACCAAACUAGGUCUUUGAAUACAUGACACAUUUAAAAAACAAAUCAGUGAAGUUAAGAUUUUCUUAAAACUGGUGUGGGGGCCCAAAAAAGUCGACUAUAAACAGUUAAAUUCAAUUCAAGUUUAUUCAUAAAGCGCCAAAUCACGACAAGAGUCGUGUCAAGGCACUUCACACAGUAAACAUUUCAACACAGGUCAGUUCAUUUAGCCAAUCAGUAAAAAGUUUAUAAGGAACACGGAAGAUCGCAUCGAGUCACUGACUAGUGUCAGAGUCUUUACAGCGAUCCUCAUAUUAAGCAAGCAUGUAGCGACAGUGGAGAGGAAAACUCCCUUUUAACUGGAAGAAACCUCCAGAUGAUCCUGGGUCAGUAUAAGCAGCCAUCCUCCACGACUCACUGGGGGCCCUUUAGCCCUUGUGUUGAAAUGUUUGGACACCCUGCUCUAAGACUUCCUCUAUGACUCUAAUCUUCUGACCUCUAGAGGAGGGUCAAAGUACUGUAGAGGGCAAAUACCAAUGUCAUUUUUCUUACCAGUGUCCUAUAACAUAUUAUGAUUGAUACUGACACAAAUAUUAUAUUAAUAUUAGCUCAUAAAAUCCAAUCAUAAAUCUAAUAAAACUUGAAUGCACAUGGAAACACUUUACAAGGGUCCCUUAAUUGAUGUUACUUAGUGCAUUAUUAAGCAUGAAUAAACUAAUAAAGUAAUAACUGCUUAAUGUUGAAUCCAAUUUGAAGUAAUUUAUCACUAAGCAGACCCUCGGGCCCUUUGUCCUAAUAAAGAUCCUUAGUGCAUUAUUAAGCACUAAUAAACAAAGUAACAUUAUUAAAGGGACAUUUAUUGCAAAAUGUUACUUUACAUUUAUUACAGUAACCUUUUUUUAUUUAAACUGAAUUUUUUACUGUCCACAAUGACAUUGUUAUUGGAGGCCGGUGUAAUUAACAAAAAUAUUAAAGAACCAUCUGCAGGGACCCCUCUUGUGUCUGCUAACAGACGCUGUGUUUUAUUUAGUGGUGAUCUAUUGGAAGUCACGACAUUUGGUUUGAGCUGCUGAUGAAGAAUGUCACAGCGGCUCUCCUGACAGAUAGUUUAACGUUAUAUUAUUGCUGAGCGACACACAGAGUGACGCUGGCAACGGUGAAGCUUCGCCUCAAGGGCAGCUAAUGAGCUUUGGCGUGUGUUGUGUCUGCUCAUGUAUCAGUGUCCAAAAAGCGUGUUUAUGCCUUGUACGCCAUGGGACCAUUGUGUGUGUGUGUGUGUGUGUGUGUGUUCAUGUGCACUGACGUUUGCCUGUAUGACUCAGACUAAUCCUAUUAGAUCUCUCACUCUCCCACCUCUAUAUUUACCUCCACCCCUCUCUCUCUCCCUCUGAGAUUAACCCGGGUAUUUACUGCUCCUGUAUAUCACUGAGCUGCUUCUUUUUUCCAGUGAACAAACCGGGCUUUACCAGAACCAGGCUCAAACCGUCAACUUCCUCGCUUCAUCCCUCUGACACUGUCACAUGCUGGCUGUUAAAUCACCUUGAUGCAAAAGAUCCAGAAGUACGCUUUCAAGGGUAAAUGCACGUGAAAAGGCAUCAACGACCCCCCUCGGCUGCCGGGGGAAGGUUGAGAUGGGUCACUGGUCUCACUUGAUGCUUGCAUUUAAUCCUGUCUAUGUCUUUGCGUUCCCUCCACCACUGAGCAUGCCCAUCCUCUCUUCACAAUCCAAUUUGUCCUUUUUCUUCAUCCCUCCUUCCUUCUUUUUUAAAGUAAUCCGAUUUCUGCUGUUGAGCUGGUGUUUUAAAAGCUGCAGAACACACUAACACACACACACACACAGACACACACACACAUGCAUGGAGCAGCAUCAACCCCUCAAUUACCUCACCGCCACACCUCCAGCUAUCUGUAAUCUUCCUCAGUGGACUCCAGAGUGCAGGGUGAACAAAUUACAAAGAGAGGAAGCGGCGAAAGCUUUCACAAAAAUAACAAACGUCACCAAAUUCAACAGAAGAAGGAAAAUAAAUCACAUAAACAUCAGAAUUGCUUUAAAAGGGAGAAUCCGUGGAUUCUUGCGGGAGUCGAGAAGUUUCAAGGCUUUCAACUGAAACUCAGUGCUGUCUUCCAUCAUGGUGGACCUGUUCCUAAACCAGGUUCUUGUAGAGAACAACUCGGACCAGGAUAAACUCAACACAGAGCGUGAGAUAAUAGGGAUCCUUGAAAACCGCAUCCUGCUGCUGUUCUUCGCUGCAGCUGAGUGUGAGAAGUGCCAGAAAUUUCUGCCAACUUUAAACGACUUCUUUAAAAAACUGAAAGAUCCAGCGUACAUCGAAUACCCCAAGCUGCUCGCACUUGUCUACAUCAGGUCGAUUAUAUUCAUAUCUGAACUGUAUUGGCUCAUGACGGCUGGUGAAUUACUCAUGAGAUAUCCAUUUCCUCUUUCUAGCUUGGACCAAUCAGAAGAGCAGCAGGAAAGGGUUCUGAAAGAACUUAACAAAAGGAUUUUGUUUUUGGCGUUUGAAGAUCCAUACAGGAAGGAGCUACAGAGCAUAUUUCAGGUGAAGGACAUUCCAGCAGUGGUCGCCCUACGUCCCGACGGCUCCGUCCUCUCCCCAAAUGCCGUGCAGGACAUCUCUCGCCUGGGAACGACCUGUUUCCGUAACUGGCAGGAGUCGGCCGAGCUCGUGGAGAGGACCUUCAUGCUGAACGAGGAGUUUGAUGACCCCAACCUGCGGAGUGCCACCGACCCUGUGAGGAGGCUCAAGUACAAGACGGUGGAUGACAAAAGAAAAAAGAGUUGGUGGAAAUUAUGGGAGGGGGGAAAAGACACACAUGAUGAGGAAGAGAAGGAUGAAACCUGGAAUGUGACGACAAAUGAAAAUAAAGGACUCCAGAGGAGGAGAGCAGCGUUUUAAA